UUGACGUGCGGAAGUCUCCGCCCUACUACUUCCUCUUUCCCAGUUCGCAGUCAGCGAGAGACACCAUGAAGGCGUCCGGCACAGUAUGUAAAGUUGUUUAUUACACGUUUUUAAGUCGCAGAAAGACAGAUAUAUCGACAGAUUUGAGUACAUACCGUUACAGUCGUUUGAUUUAUGUAGUCGCAUCACGCUAAGUCGAUAUAAAUAGUUCGAUUUUUCGGCUUUUAUAAAACCGAAGUCUCCGCGGCGGUAACAUGGCGUCCACGUUUGCGAUUUUGGACCAUGUGGGCCGAUAAGAGAAACAGUGCAGCUAGCUAGGAAAAAUAUGUUGCAGCAGUGAACGAAACAAAUUUACCCGUCUAUGUAUUCAGCCACCUUUCUCAAAACAAUUUGUCUUCUGUACACGUCUUCCCAAAGUGUGUUGAAAUGCCCGUGAAGUGCUAGCUAACAUGUAUCUAAUAGCCUAAAUUGCUAACGUUAGUAAGCUAGUUGCAAUAUACCUGCCCGGGCACAGGCCACGAACGCUAGCGGGCUAACUUGGCCAGUUAGCUAGUACAAAUACACAUCUCAUAGCUAAUUAUCCUCUCCAGAAACAUGUUCGCUGCCAUCCUGUUGUCAAUCCUGAAACGAGUAGCUGGUUUGUUAUCUAAAAGUAGUAGGCGUUUGCAACGCCAGGGUUGUGGGUUCGAUUCCCACGGGGGGCCAGUAUUAAAAAAAAAACUAAGUCGUUCUGGAUAAGAGCGUCUGCUAAAUGACUAAAAUGUAAAAUGUAGUUGGCUAUAAGUAACUAGUGUCAUUCAGAACUGUAAAAUAUCUAAGUUAACAGGCUAAGAUUGGCUGGCUACCUAGCGAAAGGGAUUGGUCCUGGUACAUGAAGCAAACGUAAUGUCGACAUCCUUGCAGUUGACUGUAGGAAAUGUCAUGCAUUGUAUUAACAUUUAUUUUACCAAUUUUUUUCUAGUUAGAUUUAUGAAUUGCAAUGCAUCCUAACCCAAAGGCCAUAUCAAAUAAAGGGUAUGAUCUUGUCAGGUGUGCUAAAAUCAACAUGAUGUACCUUGUCGCCUUUCUCUGAUGCUGAUGUGCCGUUGAAAGUGAAUCCAAGGUUCAACAUUUUAAUACAUAUUCGCUAUAUAUUUGUCUUAUCCAGUAUCCUUCAUAGUCAAAGUUAACAACUGGUAUAUUUGGCCAGCUUGUAUUGUCCUAUGGAAGUUGUAUUGCAUGUUACUCACAUUUCUCCCCCUCCCCGCUCCAUCCUCACAGCUUAGGGAGUACAAAGUCGUUGGGCGCCUCCUGCCCUCAGCUAAGAACCCCACCCCUCCUCUGUACCGCAUGAGGAUCUUCGCUCCUAACCAUGUGGUGGCCAAGUCUCGCUUCUGGUACUUUGUGUCCCAGCUGAGGAAGAUGAAGAAGGCCAACGGAGAGACGGUCUACUGCGGCCUGGUGGGUAGCACGUUCACAGGGACAGGGUGGGCUCACUGGUGGGAUGGGCCUGGUAGGUAGCAUGUUCACAGGGACAGGGUGGGCUCACUGGUGGGAUGGCCUGUACAUGUGGGCCACAUGGCCUGACAGGGGUGGCUCAUACUGGUGGAGGGGGCAUGGCUGGUAUACGGGAAUCGAUGGCCCUGGUCGUACUGGACAGGGUGGAUCUCACUGUUUGGCCUAGGACAGGAAGGGUCAUUGGAGAUUCCUGGUGGGAUGGGACUGUUGAUAGGCCUGCCGGUAGGUUUUUCGAGACAGUCACGGCAUCGUUGUCUGGUGGUACUGUCCGUAGGCCAUUGUACUGUAGGAAUGGAAUAGACAUUCAGGGUAACAUGGUAAUGCUGUUGCAGACAUGGUUUUGUCAUGGUCGAAUUCAGUGCCCACUGUCGAACCAGGUUAGUUUCAGGGAUAUGCUGCAUACCACGCGAUACUGAUCCGAAGAUACGACAAAGGUAAGUUAGGUAGUCACAGAAUGGAUUGGAUCCGAUGGCUGAGCUCCGUGUGCUGUGGUCAAUCGUUGGGUAUUUCAAUGUUACACAUAGAACAGCGGUAGGAUUAUGGUCACUGAGUUACAUCACAGGACAGGUUUUGUAACAAUAUCGGGAGCCAGGUGACAGCGGUGUAUGGCUGUGGGGCAAGGGCAGUGAUGGCCUGUGGGUAGCAGGAAGUGGUAUGGGCCUGGUUAGACAGGGACAGUGGGAUGGGCCUGGUGGGUAGACAGGGACAGGGUGGGAUGGGCCUGGUGGGUAGCACAGGGACAGGGUGGCCAUGGUGGUGGGUAGACACAGGCAGCAGGUUGGGGUGCAUAUCUGGUGGUAGACAGGACAGGGUGUGGGCCUGUGGGUGGUUAGCACAGGGACAUGGGAUGGCUCAUGUGAUGGGCCUGGUAUGGGCUAUGGCACAGGGACAGGGUGGCGAUGGGACCUGGGGGUAGCACAGGACAGGGUGGGAUGGCCUGGGGGUAGCACAGUUAGGGACAGGUGGACCAGCCACACUCACGGGGGAUGUGAGAAACGCAUGGGCGGCCAAGUUUCAUAGUAUUGGAUGCAUAUCUUUUAACGUGUUUAUUUUCUAUUUACUGAGAUUUCAUUACGUGCAAAUAAACUAUUAUAUUCAGGGAAUCGAUGACCUCACUGGUCUGUCUGGGAGCAAGUAUUACUGUUGCACACACAGACAUAAAGUAGUUUAAAGACCCUGUCCAUUAGAGAGAUUACAGGAGAAAAGGAACUGUUGAUAAUCCUGACCGGUAUUAGAUUUGUACGGAGAUCAGUCGCCGCAUCGUUUGUCUGGUGGUACUCUCCCGUAGGCCCAUUGUACCUGUAGAAAUGGAAAAUUAGACAUUUUCAGGGUAAACGUGAGUAAAUGCUAUGCAUGCACACUGGUUUUGUCAUGAUACCAGAAUUUUGACUUCGAUACCAGGUUUAGUUUCAGGAUACUCCAUACCAUCGCGAUACUCGAUUCCAAAACGAUACGACUAAUAAAGAUAAUCGUAUUAGCUAAAGUCACAGAAUGGCACUUGGAUCCAGAUGGCUGAGCUCCGCUGCUGCUGUGGUCAAUCGUUGGGUAUCUUCAAUAUUAUCACAUUAGAACAGCCAUGUAUGCAUUAAUGAGUCAAUUAUGCAAUCAAUCUGACUUUGUUUUUACCAAUCUAACUACAUAACAUAACGGUAAUCAUUUAUUCGACAGGUAAAUCUCUAUUGAUAAACUAAUUAAAUCAAAAUGUAGCCUAGGUCUGUUCACAGUACAGGUGAAUGCAUAUUAUUCAAUAGGAGUUUGUGCAUGCGUUGAGUUAUUGAGCUUAUUUUAGCUGAUUUCAUGGGGCUGCAGAUGACAAACAAUCCCUUCCAUUUAGGACUUAUUUUAUUGGCAACUGCUAGGAGAGCAUUGUUUUAUUGUACUGAUCAACAUUUGCAUAGAAGCAAUCUCUUCUUUUAUACGUGUGCCUGUCUCUUUAAGAAAGUAAUGACUUCAUUGCAAGGCAUAAUGUGGCUGUGAAAACCAGACUGGAGGCGAGUGAGACUUUGUGGCUGUGGAAUCUAGUGAAAACCAGACUGGAGGCGAGGGGAGACUUUGUGGCUGUGGAAUCUAGUGAAAACCAGACUGGAGGCGAGGGGAGACUUUGUGGCUGUGGAAUCUAGUGAAAACCAGACUGGAGGCGAGGGAGACUUUGUGGCUGUGGAAUCUAGUGAAAACCAGACUGGAGGCGAGGGAGACUUUGUGGCUGUGGAAUCUAGUGAAAACCAGACUGGAGGCGAGUGAGACUUUGUGGCUGUGGAAUCUAGUGAAAACCAGACUGGAGGCGAGUUAGACUUUGUGGCUGUGGAAUCUAGUGAAAACCAGACUGGAGGCGAGGGAGACUUUGUGGCUGUGGAAUCUAGUGAAAACCAGACUGGAGGCGAGUUAGACUUUGUGGCUGUGGAAUCUAGUGAAAACCAGACUGGAGGCAAAGGAGACUUUGUGGCUGUGGCAUCUAGUGAAAACCAGACUGGAGGCGAGUGAGACUUUGUGGCUGUGGAAUCUAGUGAAAACCAGACUGGAGGCGAAGGAGACUUUGUGGCUGUGGCAUCUAGUGAAAACCAGACUGGAGGCGAAGGAGACUUUGUGGCUGUGGAAUCUAGUGAAAACCAGACUGGAGGCGAGUGAGACUUUGUGGCUGUGGAAUCUAGUGAAAACCAGACUGGAGGCGAAGGAGACUUUGUGGGAGACUAAGUGAAUGAGUUUUUGAUGACAAUCAGCUUUGAAAUCAGCGUAUUUUGCUUUAUGGUUUGCGUAUUAUCAUAAAGUACCAGGGUCGUAUACUGGUGUUGCUUCAGCUGUAAACUAGCAAGGAGCGUUAGCCUACAAUUAAAGAUGGAUGAGAUCGGUAUUGGAAAAGUGUUCUAGCCUGUAUGGACAUUGUUUUGCGAACAGUUAACAUUUUCUACAUGCCGUGUUGCAUUAUUCAAAUGUUAAUUUCUGUGCAGCGUUAAAUCCAUUUGCUCUUCACGCUGUAAAGGGGCUGCGCUGAUAGACUUGAACCGCUCAAUCGCGCGAGACCCAUUUUGACAGAGGUACCGAGUGUAACAAAAUGCUAGUACCGGACCGAUUUGUUAUAUGUACUUCAUCUUUAUCCCACUGGCCUGUAGGUGUCAGUCACGUUAAAACCUUACAGAAUGAGACAACUUCCUGUUUACCAUUUAGGUGUCAGUCAGGUUAAACCUUACAGAGUUAGACAACUUCCUGUUUACCAUGUAGGUGUCAGUCAGGAGGUUGUCUCAUUCUGUAAAGUUGAACCUUUCUUGUCUAAUGAUACCUCUUGUUUCCCCCCCACCUCUUGUCUCAGGUGCACGAGAAGACUCCUCUGAAGGUGAAGAACUUUGGCAUCUGGUUGCGUUACGACUCCCGUAGUGGAACCCACAACAUGUACAGAGAAUACAGAGACCUGACCACCUCUGCAGCCGUCACCCAGUGCUGUAAGUACGCCCCGCUGUGGCCCCGUGUCCUGCAGUCUGUCUGACCGGCUUCCAGGCCUGUGGUACACUGGAUUAACACAUUGAUGCAGUCUUUCGGGCCUGUGGUACACUGGAUUAACCCAUUGAUGCAGUCUUUCGGGCCUGUGGUACACUGGAUUAACCCAUUGAUGCAGUCUUUCAGGCCUGUGGUACACUGGAUUAACUCAUUGAUGCAUUGGACAGACAUUUUAAGAUCUGUGAUCAUUAUUAGAUGGUUCCUUUAUGAUAGAUGUUAGUAAAAAAAAAAUGUAAACUUGUAUCUGCUGUAGAUCUGUAGAGUUAAUGGUGUAAACGUUGAGCUAGCACAAUGUGCAUUGGGACGCAGCAAACAAUUUAGGCAACAGGGAUCUUGAUCCAGGAGGUGUGAUACUCUCCCCAGAGGCUGGGUCUAGCUGAAUAACCUGAUGUACCUGCUGAUCCCAAUAGUGUAUAAUCUUGUCACUUGUCAAUAAUGGACCUGUGCUCAUACAUUUAUUGAAGGUUCUCUCAUCAAAGCUAGACAUUUUAGUACCUCCCGUCUAAGUAACGCAGACUUACGUAUCCCAAUUAUAUUGUCUGUCUUUAAAAUCGGGUGGGAUACAUGAUUAUUUGUAAAUGCUGCGACAUUAAGACAUGACAUUUUCACACUCCUUUCUGAAGUGUGAAAACAAGCAACCUGAAAUUUUCUGCUUGUAGAUUUAAUAAUAGUGUGACACUGCUUAUUAUGCACAACGCUUACAUUUGUGCCUGCAUAAACAUUUUAGGAAAGGACUUGUCCAGGGGAGUUGAAAUCUCCUUCUUACCAGAGGCUGAUUGCGUCUACAGCCUGCUACAGAGGACCAUUGGGUGGCAUGCCUGUUUCCAGAACAUGGUGCAUGCCUGUGUUGCACGAUUUUUCACAAAGUUCAAGUGUGAGCUCAGCAGACCUGAAAUUUGCUCAGUGGCGGGGGGGAAAAUAGAGGAGACAUUGCUUAAUUUGCCCUCCUUAAAGGUCCUGAUAGAACUUUCUUGAGGGUAAAUAGUAACUUGGCCUGUCUUCCAGGAGGGCAGUUGGGUGGCAUUGGCCUGUCUUCCAGGAGGCCAGUUGGGUGGCAUUGGCCUGUCUUCCAGGAGGCCAGUUUGGGUGGCAUUGGCCUGUCUUCCGGGAGGGCAGUUGGGUGGCAUUGGCCUGUCGUCCAGGAGGCCAGUUGGGUGGCAUUGGCCUGUCUUCCAGGAGGCCAGUUGGGUGGCAUUGGCCUGUCUUCCAGAGGGCAGUUGGGUGGCAGGGCCGUAUUCCGGGAGGGCAGUUGGGUGGCAUUGGCCUGUCUUCCGGGAGGGCAGUUUGGGUGGCAUUGGCCUGUCUUCCGGGAGGGGCAGUUGGGUGGCAUUGGCCUGUCUUCCAGGAGGGCAGUUGGGUGGCAUUGGCCUGUCUUCCAGGAGGGCAGUUGGGUGGCAUUGGCCUGUCUUCCAGGAGGGCAGUUGGGUGGCAUUGGCCUGUCUUCCAGGAGGGCAGUUGGGUGGCAUUGGCCUGUCUUCCAGGAGGGCAGUUGGGUGGCAUUGGCCUGUCUUCCAGGAGGGCAGUUGGGUGGCGUUGGCCUGUCUUCCAGGAGGCCAGUUGGGUGGCGUUGGCCUGUCUUCCAGGAGGCCAGUUGGGUGGCAUUGGCCUGUCUUCCAGGAGGGCAGUUGGGUGGCAUUGUCACGGCGCUGUGUUUAUUUUUUAACGUUUGUCCCCCGUGUUCUCCAGAUCGGGACAUGGGUGCUCGCCAUCGUGCCCGUGCUCACUCCAUCCACAUCAUGAAGGUCCAGGAGAUCGCUGCCAACAAAUGCCGCAGACCUGCCAUCAAGCAGUUCCACGUAAGUCAACACACACACCAUAUAUCAAUUACUGUUGGUGCUUUAUUGAUUAUGUUUUUAGAUAUUUUUUUACAAAUUAAAAAUGAAAAGCUGAUAUGUCUUGAGUCAGUAAGUAUUCAACCCCUUUUUUAUUUAUGGCAAGCCUAAUUAAUAAAUAUGUUAAAGAGUACAACUUUGCUUAACUAGUCACAUAAUAAGUUGCAUGGACUUACUGUGUGGAGUAAUGGGGUUGAAUUACUACCUCAUCUCUGUACUCCACACGUACAAUUACCUGUAUGGUCCCCCAGUCGAGCAGUGAAUUUCAAACACAGAUUCAACCACAAAGCUCAGGGGGGUUUUCUAAUGUCUGGCGAAGAAGGGCUCCUAUUGGUGGAUAAUAAUAAUAUAUUGGGAGAUGGGUAGAAAUAAAUACAAAAGGUAGACAUUGACUAUCCCUUUGCAAAUGGUGAAGUUAUUAAUAACACUUUUGAUGGUGUAUCAGAAUAAAAAAUAUUCAAAAAUGUGCAUCCUGUUUGCAACAAGGCACCAAAGUAAAAAAAAUGAAAAAAUGUGGCAAAGAAAUUAACUUUGUCCUGAAUACAUUUGACAUUUUAGUCCUUUUAGCAGUAAGAGCGAUUUACAGGAGCAAUUAGGGUUAAGUGCCUUGCUCAAGGGCACAUCAACAGAUUUUUCACCUAGUCGACUCAGGGGUUUGAAUACUUAACUAAUCAACAUAUAUUAGUGUUUUAUUUCUUUGUAACAAAUGUUUAGAAUUUUUCUUCCACUUUGACAGAGUAUUCUGUGUAGACUGUUGACAAAAAAAUCCAUUUGAAUCCCACUUUGUAACAUAACAAAAAGUCAAUGGUGUGAAUAGUUUCUAAAGGCACCGUAGCGAUGCAACAGUAGUUUCCAACAUCGGUCGUUUUAGUCACAGUGGGGAUAUUUUAAGUUUCACCAAAUUGAUAAUGAAUAGACUGUCGGGGCGGGUAGCCUGGCGGUUAAGAGUGGUAACGGAAAGGUUGCUGGUUUGAAUCCCCCAAGCUGGCUAGGUGAAAUAUCUGUCGAUGUGCCCUUGAGCAAGGCUGCUGUUUAACUGAGUAUAAUGUACCACAGUGUCUUGCUGUUGAACUGAGUAUAAUGUACCGCAGGUCUCUCUCUGGUCUGGCUCUCUAUCGGUCAGCUCCGGAUAAAAACCUGCCAGACAAAACACCAGAUUCCUCUUCCAGAUUUUAAUGUUCCCAGUCUUAAAACCUGGCGGUUUAGAACCUGGAGACAUGGUCAUGCUACAGUCUGUAAAAUGAUGUUGGUGUUGUAAAUUCAUUGUCUAAUCUCUAACCCCCUUAGUUGUAUAUAUUUCUACGAGGUUUUAAAAUGAUUGUAGCUAUGUAGGUUUCUGCUGUUCAAAUAAACCCAGCUAGUGUUAGCAUGGCGGCGGCGGCGAGGUGAGCCCUGUUUUCCUAAUGGAAAUGCUAGGAGCUCGGAUGCAAUCAUUUUAACGUUUCAAAACGUUGUUGUUCAAUUAUUGCAUCCGAGCUCCUUUGCGUUUUGCGUUCAGCUCCGCUAGCCAGCGUCUCGCCGAACCAGGCGUGCAUUUUCUUCUGCCUCCCCAGAUGAAAUAACAUGCCUAAACAUCUCUUGUCCUCCUCCUUUAGGACUCCAAGAUCAAGUUCCCGCUGCCCCACAGGGUCCUGCGUCGUCAGCACAAACCCCGCUUCACCACCAAGAGACCAAACACCUUCUUC